CUGUAACACAUAUAAGACGCAUAGAGAGGUGAUUAUUGCCUGAGAUUAUAAUGUCAAUUGAACAGCUACGGAUAGAAAAGAGCAGAUGCUCUGAGCUUUCCUCCCAAGACCAAGACACUACUACUACUAUUCCUGUCACAGAUUUACUGUAACAGUUUACUACUAUUCCACUUGAACACAUUACCAAGAAAAGAGACAGCACUGCUCUACUCUGUCCGGUGUCCACGGCUGCCAUCAUCAUGUCCAAGCUCAUCUGUGUGGCUCUCCUACUGGUCUUUCUGGUCUCCAUUUGGUGCCACAACACAGUCUCUUCUACCAAAUGGUCUGUGAGGGACGUGCUCCGUAAGUGUCGGUGCAAAGUUCUUCCCAAUGGGAGAGAGAUCUGCCGCAAGCCACUCUUUCCCAAAACCCCUGAGGAGACAAAGCAACUGAUUAAAUGCUUCUGCAGGAAAUAUAACUUGUAUAAACACAGUGCAAAGCUGAACUUAGAGACAAAGCGGGACUUGGAGAAAUGUUCAUUUAUCUGGUCCAACCCCUUCUGAGGAUGAGAGGGCAAGGGGGUGAACAAAUGAUUUUAAAUCAUUGUUACACCCGCAUAAUCAGUCUUUUAAACAUGUCAAUCAAAUAAAUACAUGAUUUUUCUAUAUUAUCAAUUCA